UUGGGUGAAUGGUGCUUCGAGUUGUCUGGUCAUGGCAGCCCACCAAGUGUUUGCGCACCAGUAAGUAUACGCGUCCUGCCAGGCAACGCCUCCACUUUACUGAUACCCUUCACCAAUCCUCUAAACCAGGCCGUCCGGCUUGAUGUCACCUUACUACCAGCAGGCUGGGAGAGCCCGGCCAUUUUGACGGAAGAAGAAAGAAAUGGCCUCCAGGCAAUUCAACAAGUUGAGGAUACAAACACCACGGGGCAAAAUGGAGUUUUUCGACUACUGUUGAAGAAAGAUAAGUAUGUUUCUCUAAGUGUUCUUCUUCUUUAA